AUGGCGAUGGCGAGGCUCAGGGAUUACUGGCCGCUGCUGACCGCGCGGCUGACUGGCGCUCUCCGGGCUCUGCUCUUUUGGUCCUUGGUGUAUGGCUACUGCGGGCUCUGCGCCUCCAUUCACCUGCUGAAACUUUUGUGGAGCAUCGGGAGAGGACCGGGCCAGACCUUCCAGCGGCUCGUGCGGGAGAAUCCCCCUGCCUGUCUGAACGACCCCUCCUUGGGAACCCACUGCUACGUGCGGAUUAAGGACUCAGGGCUAAGGUUUCAUUACGUGGCUGCUGGAGAAAGGGGCAAACCACUUAUGCUGCUGUUACACGGCUUUCCUGAGUUCUGGUACUCUUGGCGUCACCAAUUACGGGAAUUUAAAAGUGAAUAUCGAGUCGUAGCUUUGGAUUUGAGAGGCUAUGGAGAAACAGAUGCUCCUUCUCAUCAAGAGAGUUAUAAGUUGGAUUGCAUUGUUGUGGACAUAAAAGACAUUUUAGACUCUUUAGGUUAUAGUAAGUGUGUUCUGAUUGGCCAUGACUGGGGAGGGAUGAUUGCCUGGCUCAUUGCCAUCUGUUAUCCAGAGCUGGUGACCAAGCUGGUUGUAAUUAAUUUUCCUCACCCGAAUGUGUUCACAGAAUACAUCCUCUGGCACCCUUCCCAGGUGAUCAAAUCUGGUUACUACUUCUUCUUUCAAAUGCCCUGGUUCCCAGAAUUCAUGUUCACCAUAAAUGACUUCAAGGCUCUGAAACACUUAUUUACAAGCCAGAGUACUGGCAUUGGAAAGAAAGGGUGCCGAUUAACCACAGAAGACCUUGAAGCUUAUAUUUAUGUAUUUUCUCAACCUGGAGCACUGACAGGUCCAAUUAACCAUUACCGGAAUAUCUUCAGCUGCCUGCCACUAAAGUAUCAUCAAGUGACCACUCCAACGUUACUCUUAUGGGGAGAAAGAGAUGCAUUUAUGGAUGUGGAGAUGGCCGAAGUCACAAGGAUUUAUGUGAAGAGCCAUUUUAGGCUAACAAUUUUGUCCGAAGCCAGCCACUGGCUUCAGCAAGAUCAACCCGACAUAGUGAAUAAAUUAAUAUGGACAUUCCUCAAAGAAGAAAUGAGGAAAAAUGAGUAAUUUUAAGGACAAGUGAUGUUAAGGACCAGAAAGCCUUUAGCAGCCAAAAAAUGAUGUGAAAGGGGAUGUCUUCUUCAGCAUUCUGUUUAGGCUUUGUUAAGCGAAACACUGUUUUCAUUGUACUGUAUCGUGACUAUGCUGAUACAUAGUUGUUUCACUGUGUUGAAAAAAAGAAGAUUGUGUAUAAUGUUAAUGUGGGGUUUUCUUUCCUGUUCUUCUGUUUUGCACAUAAAAUAACUGCCUUAAAAUAUAUCGACUGAUAUAAAAAAAAAAAAAGAAAUCGUGGGAAAUGGAUUUUUUUAAAACUUUCUUCAUUAUGUUAACAUGUGGUGCCUUUUACAAGUUUCAAAUGAGAAGAUACAAGUGUGCCAUAUGAAAAGACAGUUACAUGAUGAUAUCAGUUUUCAUUUUUAUGGUUGGAAAGUUUUGUUUUGUUUUGACUGUUUUUUUAACCAUUAAAAAGUCUAUUAUCAAA